CAACGGGCACGUUCACAGGUGCCAAUCAGGUGAAAAGACGAAAAAAAAAUUCUGGAAGGUGACACCAGUUCGUUCCGAGGCCAACUCUAUCACACAAAGUUUCACCCACUUAACCUGCGCCAGCCGCCAACGCCGAAAUUUGGCAUUCCGAAAAUGAGCUACAGUAAUUUGGUAUUCUGCGCGCAGCUGCUGGUUACGACGGUGGUCCUGUUGCAGAGUUGCGGCACGUGGACUGUGGUCUCUGGAGCAGUUUGGACUCCGUCAACAACAACAACAGCAACUGUAGCUAUUGCGAUGACGACCGCUCAGCCUUUAGCGACGACGACGGUGGUCGGAGGUAAUGCCAGUGUUGCCAGCAGUAUUACUUCGGGACCGCCGGCUGUGGUCAGGGGUGCAAACCGUGAAGGUCGAGCGUGGAGCUUUGGGAUGAUGCAGAAGUAUGAUCUGCCGGGAGAACUUGGCCAGCCCUGUUCUGGCUCGGAUGAUUGCCGUCAGUUUGCGUACGAGUGCGACGAACAAAAACGGAUCUGCGAGUGUGCCGAUGGAUACCAGCCCGAUCAGACACAAGCCGUGUGCGUUGGAGCCGUUGGCAGACGCUGCUACUACGACAGCCACUGCAUUGCGAACGCGUUCUGCAAGGGACAAAUGGUGUGCACGUGCAAGCGCGAAUUUGGCUACCUCUCGGCGGAUAAGUGGUCAUGUCAAGCAUCGUCAGCGAGUUCACUACUGCUGCCACACCGGAAGUUCUCCUCCUGGUGGUCGUCCUCGAUGGGACUGCUCCGCGGGGCAGCAGCAAUCGUUAUUUCACUACUUCUCGUUAGCAUCAGCAGCGGCAGUGGCAGCAUCUGGCAGCAGACAUGCAUUGGCACGCUCUGCACUGGCACUUCAGAUUAGCACUUACCUCAAGUUCUACGCAUACUGCGCAUUGCACAGUGCUAGUGCUAUUUUUUAGCACUCCCUUAUAGCACGCCCAAGAAAUUUCCAAAAAAAAUUGGUUAGCACUAGCCUUGGCGGUCAAUUGGGUACAUUUCAAUAAACUGGAUUAAUUUUUGCGAGCUUCUAAGGCUACAGGCGGUUGAUCCAUUCACGCAAGUGGUCAACAUCUAAGCAACUUUCAGUUUCUCUUGUCAUUCCGAUUCCAAUAAUCUAAAAGAAAAAAGCUGGUACUUUUAUUACACCAACAUAAAAAAAACUUUACCUUGUAGAGAAUAGAUCCAUGAACCUUUCAAUACCAAGUCUUGAAUGCAAGCACUACACCAAACUUUCAGAUGAAAGUUGAUGAAAUUAUUUGCAUAACUUUCGAGUGGUCGACGUCACUCAAAUCCAGAUAAACAAAUGAAAAAAACGUCAUAGUUACCAGUUUAGUUAGAGUGCAAGGGCGAGUGCUAUGAUUGAAAACGCAGUGCUAUUCGCUAAAAUAGCACGCGUGCUAACCGCGCGCAGUGCCAAUGCAUGUCUGUCUGGCAGUCGGAGAUAAAUUUAUUUACAGUUUGAUUGGAUUAAAAAUAAGCAGCAGCAAGGGAUCCCCGCUCCCUAAGUUUCAGUUCAAUUUGAAAGUUCAGAGUUUAUUAAAGCAAAAUUGUCUCAUAAUGCUCAAAAACCUGUGCAUUGGGCAGAAUGAGUUGUAGAAUUCCAGCAAAGAUAAAAAUAAAACGAUUACAAAAAGUCA